GCUGGACGGGGACCCCCGUGCCAGGUGCUCGCAGCAAACGCGAGAUCAGAGGAGGAAUUAUGUCAUUCCCGGGCAGGAAUGCCUCCAGCGUGCUCCUGCGUGUGUCUGACUGACAGCACCACACAGGCUCCGGCGCCUAUAAAGGAGCCCCGCGCCCGCUCCUCGCAGCGCAGCGUGGGGCCGGGUCUCCCUCCUGGACGGCGCUCCGGGCUGCGAGGAGCCAGCCCCGCGGGGUCUCCACGUUGCAGGGUUUUCACUGGAGGGAAGCAGGAUGCUGUGGCCUCUGCUGCUGCUGGCCUCGGGGGCCUGGUCCAGCGCUCGGGCUGGUGACCAGGACGAGGACACCGCCUUUGACCUCUUCAGCGUCAGCAACAUCAACAGGAAGACCAUCGGGGCCAAGCAGUUCCGGGGCCCGGACCCCAGCGUGCCCGCCUACCGCUUCGUGCGCUUCGACUACAUCCCGCCGGUGGGCGCGGAGCCUCUGGGCCGCAUCGCCGAGGCCAUGCGGCGGAAGGAGGGCUUCUUCCUGACGGCCAGCCUGAAGCAGGACCGCAAGUCGCGGGGCACGCUCCUGGCGCUGGAGGGCCCGGGAGCCACGCGUAGGCAGUUCGAGAUCGUCUCCAACGGCCCCGCCGACACGCUGGACCUGACCUACUGGGUGGACGGCGCCCAGCACGUCAUCUCCCUGGAGGACGUGGGCCUGGCCGACGCCCAGUGGAAGAACGUCACGGUGCAGGUGACCGGGGAGACCUACAGCCUGUACGUGGGCUGCGACCUGAUGGACAGCUUCACGCUGGACGAGCCUUUCUACGAGCAGCUGAAGACCGAGCAGAGCCGGAUGUACGUGGCCAAGGGCUCCGCCCGCGAGAGCCACUUCAGGGGUUUGCUGCAGAAUGUCUUCUUAGUUUUUGAAAACUCCGUGGAAGAUCUUCUAAGCAAGAAAGGCUGUCGGCAAAGCCAGGGAGCCGAAGCCAACGCCAUCAGCGAGAACACGGAGACGCUCCACCUGAGCCCCCCGGUCUCCACGGGGCACGUGGGCCUGGGCGCGGAGAAGGGCCGGGAGGUGUGCGAGCACUCCUGCGAGGAGCUGGGCAGCAUGAUCCAGGAGCUGUCGGGGCUGCACGUCAUCGUGAGCCAGCUCCACGAGAACCUGCGCAAAGUGUCAAACGACAACCAGUUUCUCUGGGAGCUCAUCGGCGGGCCCCCCAAGACCAGGAACGUGUCCGCCUGCUGGCAGGACGGCCGCUUCUUCGCCGAGAACGAGACCUGGGUGGUGGACAGCUGCACCAAAUGCACCUGCAGGAAGUUCAAAACCGUUUGCCACCAAAUCACCUGCCCGCCAGCGACAUGUGCUGACCCGGCCUUCGUGGACGGCGAGUGCUGCCCGUCCUGCUUCUCGGACGGCGAGGAGGGCUGGUCCCCGUGGGCAGAGUGGACAGAGUGCUCUGCCACCUGUGGGCCUGGCACCCAGCAGAGGGGGCGGUCCUGCGACGUGACCAGCAACACCUGCCUGGGGCCGUCCAUCCAGACGCGGGCGUGCAGCCUGGGCAAGUGCGACCACCGCAUCCGGCAGGACGGCGGCUGGAGCCACUGGUCUCCUUGGUCCUCCUGCUCCGUGACCUGCGGGGUCGGCAACAUCACGCGCAUCCGUCUCUGCAACUCGCCGGUGCCGCAGAUGGGCGGGCGGGGCUGCAAGGGGAGCGGCCGCGAGACCAGGGCCUGCCAGGGCCCACCCUGCCCCGUGGAUGGUCGAUGGAGCCCCUGGUCCCCGUGGUCGGCCUGCACGGUCACCUGCGCCGGCGGCAUCCGGGAGCGGACGCGUGUCUGCAACAGCCCGGAGCCGCAGCACGGCGGCAAGGACUGUGUGGGGGACGUGAAGGAGCAGCAGAUGUGCAACAAGAGGAGCUGCCCAGUAGACGGCUGUUUGUCCAACCCCUGCUUCCCCGGGGCCGCGUGCAGCAGCUUCCCCGACGGGUCCUGGUCCUGCGGCUCCUGCCCCGUGGGCUUCCUGGGCAACGGCACCCACUGCGAGGACCUGGACGAGUGCGCCGUGGUCACGGACGUGUGCUUCACGACCAGCAAGGCGCACCGCUGCGUCAACACCGACCCCGGCUUCCACUGCCUGCCCUGCCCCCCGCGCUACAAGGGGAGCCAGCCCUUCGGCGUCGGCCUGGAGGCGGCCAGGACCGAGAAGCAGGUGUGUGAGCCUGAAAACCCCUGCGAGGACAAGACCCACAACUGCCACAGGCACGCUGAGUGUGUCUACCUGGGCCACUUCAGCGACCCCAUGUUCAAGUGCGAGUGCCGGACGGGCUACGCGGGUGACGGGCUCAUCUGUGGGGAAGACUCGGACCUGGACGGCUGGCCCAACAAGAACCUGGUCUGCGCCACCAACGCCACCUACCACUGCAUCAAGGACAACUGCCCGCUCCUGCCUAACUCUGGGCAAGAGGACUUUGACAAGGACGGCACUGGGGACGCCUGUGACGACGACGACGACAACGACGGCGUCAGUGAUGAGAAGGACAACUGCCAGCUUCUCUUCAACCCCCGUCAGUUUGACUAUGACAAAGACGAGGUUGGGGACCGCUGUGACAACUGCCCCUACGUGCACAACCCCGCACAGAUCGACACCGACAGCAACGGGGAGGGCGACGCCUGCUCCGUGGACAUCGACGGCGACGAUGUCUUCAACGAGCGAGACAACUGUCCCUAUGUCUACAACACCGACCAGAGAGACACGGACGGCGACGGUGUGGGCGACCAUUGCGACAACUGCCCCCUGGUGCACAAUCCUGACCAGACGGACGUGGACAAUGACCUCGUGGGAGACCAGUGUGACAACAAUGAGGAUGUCGACGAGGACGGCCACCAGAACAACCAGGACAACUGUCCCUACAUCUCCAACGCCAACCAGGCCGACCACGACCACGACGGCAAGGGCGACGCCUGCGACUCGGAUGACGACAACGAUGGAGUCCCGGAUGACAGGGACAACUGCCGGCUAGUCGCCAACCCCGACCAGGAGGACUCGGACGGUGAUGGGCGUGGCGACGCUUGUAAAGACGACUUUGACAACGACAGCGUCCCGGACAUUGACGACGUGUGUCCCGAGAACAAUGCCAUCAGCGAGACGGACUUCCGCAACUUCCAGAUGGUGCCCCUGGACCCCAAGGGCACCACGCAAAUCGAUCCCAACUGGGUCAUUCGCCACCAAGGCAAGGAGCUGGUGCAGACGGCCAACUCCGACCCCGGCAUCGCUGUGGGUUUUGACGAGUUUGGGUCCGUGGACUUCAGCGGCACCUUCUACGUCAACACGGACCGGGACGACGACUACGCCGGCUUCGUCUUUGGCUACCAGUCCAGCAGCCGCUUCUACGUGGUGAUGUGGAAGCAGGUGACGCAGACCUACUGGGAGGACCAGCCCACGCGGGCCUACGGCUACUCCGGAGUGUCGCUCAAGGUGGUGAACUCCACCACGGGCACCGGCGAGCACCUGCGCAACGCCCUGUGGCACACGGGGAACACGGAGGGGCAGGUUCGUACCCUGUGGCACGACCCCAAAAAUAUCGGCUGGAAGGACUACACUGCCUACCGGUGGCACCUGACCCACAGGCCUAAGACGGGCUACAUAAGAGUCUUAGUGCACGAGGGAAAACAGGUGAUGGCCGAUUCGGGACCCAUCUACGACCAGACCUACGCGGGCGGGCGCCUGGGCCUGUUCGUCUUCUCUCAAGAAAUGGUCUACUUCUCGGACCUCAAAUACGAAUGCAGAGAUAUCUAAACCAGAUUUGCUGUGUUUCCAGCAAAGUACUGUAGAAGCGGUCAUCCAGACAGCUCAGUGCAUCCCGGUGCUCACGGCUUCUCUCUCUAGCAGCACCUCUGUUCUCGACCCCUCACUCUGAGUGGUUCUCCACCUCCUGCCACCAGCCCAAGCCCAAGCGCCUUCAGAGGAUGAAUGUUACUGGAGCCAAAGAUACACAUCCAGCUCCACUGCAGGAAGACCGGUGCGGUGACACAUGAGACUUUACGUGGAGUGAAAAUUGAGCAUGAUACUAUGUUUUUUGUUUGUUUAAAAAGAAUGACGUUUACAUAUGAAAUGUAAGUACUUACUGUAUUUAUGUGUAUAUGGAGUUGAAGGGGAUUUUGUGCAUAAGCCGUUAUCAUAAAUUAAGCAGGAAAAUUAUGGCUACACUGCUUUCAGUGCUUUCAGUUGGGUGGGCGAGCACCCAGAUCCUGUUAGGUCAAUUGUAAAGAAGGGUCAGCUCAAGUGGGAGGUAGUGCCGUCGUAAGACGGAGGUCAGAGGGUGAUGUGGCCGUGGUAACUGCCUGGAACAUGAGAAUGGAUCCCAGGAGUGAAAGAGCCCCUCCCCACUCUCCUGUCCCGCAGUGGGAGCCCCAGGGGCGCAGUUCUGUCCAGGAAGGAAUGUCUUGCAAAGGGCUCAUUUCUGCAAAGACGUAGGACGGGGAGGGUGGCCCUUCGAGGCGGGGCAGACCUGGGCGAAUCCUCGGCACUUGCCUCCGCAUUCUGGUCACCAGAAUCCUUGCUGGAGCAUCUCCUGUGGGCCUGCUGCUGGGGGAGCGCCAGCUGAAAAGCAAAUGGGCGACCGCACUUUGGCAUCUCACCCCAUCCCAGAGGCUUUGACACCUCAGACAGGUGGCUUUUACCUAACUCGGUAACACAUUUCAUUAAGGUUCCGGUCAUAAAUGCUGUGUUAAUAUUUAUUGAAUGAAUGCAGAAUGAAGUUCCAUCCACCAGUAACUUAUUUUAAAUAAGCCAAGUAGCCCCAUGUAGUAUAAUUUCUAGACGUAAACAUAUAACUAGUAUAUAAGACACAGUUACAGCAAAUAUCUUCCUGCGAAAAUACACGGCUUGAUAAUACUACGGUGUCAUCCUAACGCGUAUGCUACCCAAUGUGAUGGACUAAAUAAAUACUAAUGAAGAGUUGACCAUGGAACCUUAAUACAUUCUAUUGCCGGUGACUUUCAUCCUUUCUCGUGGUCAUCUAUCUGCUGUGUGUAGGAUCUUAAGACGCUGGAUCCUGAGGACACGUCUGAGCAGACACAGCCAUUGAUCCGUCAUCAGUCGCGCACACACGUUUGGUUUUGUUGUUGCUGUAAGUUGCGUGAUCUUUGCGCAGGAAACACUCGUUAAUCUCACUCCAGGCGGGGACUCGGGAAGAAGACUUUGUCCGGUCCCUCCUGCGAGAAGGAUCUCACUCCACGGCCGGGGAGAGGGCCACGACCCGUCUUUCCUUGCGCCGCCCGUCUCCUAAAGGCAUGUUUGUUGCUUCCUCUGAGGUGGAUUUUCCUUUUGUUUUGCUGCACUUUCUACCUGUCUUGGUGGGGCUGUAUUCCCAAGACCAGGAAGGGCUGGGAAACGUCAUUAAAUGGAAGUUGUGACGAG